AACGUCAUCUUUGUUUGAGCAUAAAAACAACCAAGUGGGCGUUCAGUGUGUGGUGCUUUCUUUUCUUUUUGUACGGAAAGUUUCAAAAAUGGUGCAGCAACUCUCCAAAUCUGGGGUGAAGGAGUCUCCUUUGUUGAAGGCUGGUCACCCUCCUGCAGUGAAGGCUGGAGGUAAACGGGUAGCCAAGAAAAGCUUGGAAGACACCCAUCAUGGGACUCCAGAGAAGGACACCAAGCGUUCUGAUAAACAAAGAUCCCUCACCACCUCCAACAGGAUGCAACAAGUCAGUAUACUUCUGGCAGGAACUCUUGACAAGCUGAGCCAUGAAUUCCCAGAGACACCAGUGAGUGUGAGGCACAGCAAGGUGCGUCCUGCAGUGGAGAAACCCCACACCCCCCGGACCUUUCUCAUCCAGCAGCCGAGGAAGUUUUGAACAACGUGUUACAGAAUGCCCCAGAGGGAACCAUGUCAAGUCAACUGUGAAAGACUAAAUGAAGGGUUAGGCACGUGAGGGGACUGACGGGAUGGAGAGUUUUCAUCAAGCUCAGUUUACUUUCUAGGCUGUUCUUGUUUGUUUAUAAUACUAUAAACCAGCAUUUAAUGUGCCUUUUUUGCUAGUGUUAAGAGAAAUACUGCAGUAUUUCCCAGCUGAUGGCGUUUGGGUAUGUUUUAUGUGAGGGUUAGGGAUUGUGCAGUUGAGGGAGGGGGGGGGGGGGGGGGGGUUUCCAGUGAGAACUUCACUUUGUAUUGCUUGGCACUUAAUAGAUUUAAUAAUAAAACAAUAUUUGCAUGCCAUCACUAUAUUGCAGAUUUCCUUAUUCCUCAAGGUUUAUUUUGUAGUAAGCUACGACGACCACUAGAUGGCAGCACAUGGUUGUUUAUUACAUUAAAAAAAGUCAGGAUUUUUGUACAAACUAAACUAAAUUGCAAUUAUAACUUUCAUUUCACUUU